AUGGAAGAGAAAAAAUAUUCAGAGCCCUCUGCGGAGCCUCUACCCACAUAUGGCGAUUCAGAAGUCACUAAAGGAACAUGGAGUCAACGCUUCAUCGAUAGCUUUAAGCAAGAUCCCAACGCUAUCGUCUCCACCUCAGCAGGCGCUGAUGGCGGCGGCUUUGAUAUCGAGAAUGCCGCUCAAGCUACUGCUCAAUCUCCGCUGAAGCGUACCUUAAAGGGCCGUCACUUACAGAUGAUUGCUAUUGGUGGUUCUAUCGGUACUGGUCUGUUCGUUGGUUCAGGUAGUGUGCUCUCCACAGGUGGGCCAGCUGCUUUGCUCAUUGCAUACAUCUUGAUCGGAAUCAUGCUUUACUGCACUGUCCACGCUCUGGGUGAAAUGGCUGUUGUCUUCCCCGUCUCUGGUUCUUUCGCCACUUACUCGACUCGCUUCAUCGACCCUGCUUGGGGGUUUGCUAUGGGCUGGAACUAUGCUCUGCAAUGGUUGGUCGUCUUGCCAUUGGAAAUUGUCGCCGCUUCUCUUACGAUCGAAUACUGGGGAACCAUUACAUCAAAUGCUGCCUGGGUUUCUAUCUUCUGGGUUUUGAUUGUGUCCAUCAACUUGUUCGGCGUUCGCGGGUAUGGUGAGGCUGAGUUUGUCUUUGCCAUUAUCAAGGUCGUUGCUGUUAUUGGUUUCAUUAUCUUCGGUAUCGUGGCCAACUGUGGUGGUGGUCCUGAAGGUGGUUACAUCGGUGGAAAGUACUGGCACUCUCCUGGUGCCUUCAAUAAUGGCUUCAAGGGUGUUUGCAGUGUCUUUGUCAAUGCUGCAUUUGCCUUUGCUGGUACUGAGUUGGUCGGUCUGGCUGCCGCCGAGACUGCCAACCCUCGCAAGUCUCUCCCGACCGCCAUCAAGCAGGUCUUCUGGCGUAUCGCCCUCUUCUACAUCGUCUCCCUGACCAUUGUUGGUCUGUUGGUCCCCUAUACUGAUUCAAGAUUGCUUGCCUCUCACGCGGCCGAUGCCAAGGCUUCUCCGUUCGUUAUCGCCAUUGAAAACGCCGGUGUCAAGGGUCUCCCCUCUGUCAUGAACGUCGUCAUCAUGAUUGCUGUGCUUUCUGUUGGUAACUCGUCUGUGUACGGCUCCUCUCGUACUCUUGCCGCUCUCGCCGAGCAAGGCCAGGCUCCCAAGUUCCUCGCAUACAUCGACCGCAAGGGUCGCCCGAUGUGGGGUAUCAUCGUCUCUGCUAUCAUCGGUCUCCUCUGCUUCCUAGCUGCUUCUAGCGCAGAGGCCGACGUUUUUGCUUGGUUGAUGGCCAUCUCUGGUCUGUCAUCCAUCUUCACAUGGGGAUCGAUCUGUGCUUGCCACAUUCGUUUCCGACGUGCCUGGAAGCUCCAAGGCCACUCUCUAGAUGAGCUGGCAUUCCGUUCUCAACCAGGUGUCAUUGGUUCCUGGAUUGGUUUGAUCUUCAACAUCUUGGUGCUGAUUGCCCAGUUCUGGGUCGGUUUUGCCCCGGUCGGAUAUGCUACCAUGUCCGCUGGUGCUAAAGCCGAGAGCUUCUUCGAGGCUUACCUUGCAGCCCCUAUUGUCAUCGCCUUCUACAUCCCUUACAAGUUCUGGUACCGCACCAAGUUCCUUCGCGCGAAAGACAUGGAUCUGAACACUGGUCGCCGUGAUCUGGAUCUCGGCAACCUCAUUGAGGAGGAGAAGGCUGAGCAGGCUGCUUGGCCCAAGUGGAAGAAGGUGUAUAAGUUUCUCUGCUAG